AUGGCAAGCAUUGUUGAUAGUGAAGCUCAUUUCAGUCAGCGUCUUGUCGAGCUGGGAUUGGGUGAUUCUUUUUGCGCAUCGCUCAAAGGCAGUGGGGUCAAGACCCUGAGCCAUCUAGCUUUCGCCUUGGGCCAGCCGAAUCAGGCCAUUUCGAAUGAUGAUCUAACAACUUUCUUACAGAACGUGAUCGGCCGUGAUCCCACCAUCCAGGAGAGUAGCAGCAUUAAGAGAUUGACUUUCGAGGCCCAGACUUUUGUCAUUUCUGUUUUGCGGCAGGGAUUGGAACAGCAGGACGCAAGCGCCCCGAGGUUGCCCGUGCAGAAAGGACCGCACGUAUGCAAGCUGAAGAAGGCACUGACUGGCCUCAGUUUGACAGGCGAAUUGGAUCCAGCGCAUGUUCUUCUUGACAGGGCAUCGGCCAUUUACGACCAGAAUGUUGUGAAAUACUUAGAACCGAGUUCUUGCAACAGUCGUUCGCAUGAGAUUCAGGGUCGCAAAGAGUCCAAGGAGUUGAGCCUUGAAAAGGGUUCCCUUGUGCUCAAGAACCCCAAUGAGAAGCUUUCAAGUCCUACGGACACAGAGUUGAAGAUGCAUUAUGCCACGCAGAGGCGUGGAAUAGCGCUGCAAUUCGCGAACCUCAUGACGUAUGCUCAACACAACGAAUGGUUGACCUUUUGGGUGGAUUCUUUGCACCGUGGCUCUCCCCGGGGUAUCAAAGGCCAAGCUUGGCUCAGAUACUCCAAUGUGACAGGGCAACUUAUGCGAGCCUAUGCGCAGAGAGCUUUUGGAGGAGUGGAUCUCCUCGCACAUUUUCUGCUGGUUGCGUCUGGCGCCCGUGUGCGGCACAGCAAGUCGUGCCCGGGACAUUCAGAAGCACUGGAGCGAUCCUAA